UUCUGCAUACCGAGCAGAUGGCGACGGUUAUAAAAACCCGCAUCGAGCCUCUCUGCACUGCACAUUUACAACGCCGACACGAUUCACAGCAUGAAUAACCGAGUCCACUACCCACUCCGAACUGGUAAAGAUCUCUAUUCACCACAGAAAACAAGACAUUUGGGACCAGCUAGCGGUGUCGCGAUCUGGGGGACAUCCGCGGACAUGGAAUGGACCAACCCGGUAUCUGUAAAGUUUAAUGAGAAAGAUGUGAUGCAGAGCUUGAAUGGUCGGCUAACAGGAUUCAUAGAGAAGGUACACCAGCUGGAGUACCAGAACCAUGCGCUGGAGAGAGAAAUCAAAGAGAUCAGAGGGAAAACAAAACCCGCAUCUUGUUUAGAGGAGGAGUACGGACCAGAGCUCAUGAAGCUGAGACAGCUGGUCCAGGAUAUUACACAUCAGAAGCAUCAGAUUGAUAUUGAGCAUCAGAAUUUAGACGAAGAACUGUCCACCUUGAGACGGCAAUAUGAACAGGAGGUCCGCAGCAGAUCAGACGCUGAGAGCAAAAUCAUGGUCCUGAAGCAGGAUAUCAGUGACGCCUAUCAGGCUAAACUACAUCUAGACAAGAAAGCGCAGUCUCUUGUGGAUGAAAUCAACUUCCUGAAGAGCAGUCAUGGGACCCAGGUGGCAGAGAUAUUGGACCAAAUCCAGGAAGCGCAAGUGAGUGUAAAAGAGCACGAGUUUGGACACCCUGGCGUCACUGCGGCACUCCGAGACAUCAGGGCACAGAUGGAAGGUCACACCGCGUCCGACGUCCAGCAGAUAGAAGAAACUUUCCUAUCUCAGGUUGCAAGAUUAACGGAAGUAGUUGAGACCAAGAGAAAGGCUUUAAAAGCAACGCAGCAAGAGAUACAGCAGUACAGGAAGAGCUUGCAGGCCAAAAACAUCGAGCUGGACUGCGCUAAAGGCACCAGAGAAGCACUAGAGAGGCAACUUCAUGACGUCGAGGAUCGCCACAAGGAAGAGAUUCUUCACUAUCAGAACACAAUCAAAGAACUUGAAAAUGAGCUCAUAAAUUGCAAAUUCGACAUGUCUGGUAAUCUGCGGGAGUACCAGGACCUGUUAAAUGUGAAGAUGGCUUUGGAUGUGGAGAUACUGUCUUACAGGAAGCUUCUCUGUGGCGAGGAGGCUCGGCUGUCCACAGAGUCGGACACACACAUCUCCCUGCCAUACAUCUACCAUCAGUCCCCUAUUUACACGCUCCCUUGCCAUAACCGACCGGGAGGCCCACGCAGGCGAGCAGAGCCCCACUACAAGUUUGUAGAGGAAAUCAUAACAGAGACCACCAGGGAAAUUGAGAUGUCAGAAUUUGAGGAUACAGGGUCAGAAGAGGGAAAUAAUGAGCAGGGGUGUUCCAAAAGUGAGAGACGAAGCAGUAAGAAAGAGAAUGAUAAUAAAGAUAUUCAAGAAAAAGAAGGUCAUCAGAUAUGUGACAGUCAGCAGAAUCAAGUAUCAGUGGUAAAUGAAGAGAAUGGAAGUGAUGGUAGGGGUAGAGGGAGUCCUGGCCAGGUUGAUGGUGGUAAACAGGGUCAAAAACAUAAAGAAGAGUCACAGGAAACUGAAGCGGCUGACAAUGAAGAAGAGAGUGGCAUCGAUAAAAUUACUCAAAGGGGAGAUUUAUUGAGUGAGAGCUUUGUCGUGAAAGAACGUGAGCAUCAUGAAAAAGCUGAAAACACAGAAAAGGGGGAUGAAAUGGUUGAGGCUCAGACAGAUAUCUCUGCUAAACUGCAUGAUAAACUGCAAGGUAAACUUCUGAACAAAUCUGAGGCAAGUGAACAAGGACGUGAGGAAGAAAGCUUGAUCUCAGCUCUCACAAAGGGGUCUGCUGGUGAAACCUCUGUCCAUGAGUCUGAGCAAUCAGACAAAACUCAAGAGCUAAGCAGUGCUGUUAAGGUGCAAGAUAAGAUUAAUACUUUGGUUUCUGAAACACACGAGAAAGCCUUAGAUUUUACUACUCAGUCAAAUUCACAUACAGCACUUGUGAACGAGGGAAAGGAACACAGUCAUACAGAACCAAAGGAAAGCAGCAAAUCUGAUGCAGCAGAAGGAGAGGGCAAUGUAGCAAAAAGCAUUCAAGAUGCUAGUCAUGAUAGCAAUAAAGUCCAAGACAAAGAAUCGUCUCUUAAAUCUAUUGUGAAAAGUCUUCCUGAAGUAGAAGGUCCACAACCAAACACGGGGGAUACAUUUUAAACAGUCCACUCUGUGUUGACAAAGGAAAAGACAACUUUAACUGCAGAAAUCAAUGAAUUUCAUCAGGGGGCAGCAGAGAGAAACCAAGCACAGCAACCAAAGGGGUCCAGCAACUCAGAUUAUAAAUGAUCCUUGAGGUAAAACAUGGAAGGUGGACAGUAUAAAGUCAGAGAAACACAAGGAAUGGGCAGUAAAACCCAAACUGGGUUAAGGAAGAGAUGUAGGAUGCUUCCACCUUGCAUUUAAUGAGACAGCAGUUUAAACAGGCAAACAUCAGGCAAACAGAAAAAGAAAAAAUAAAAAAAAAGAGAGAAUGGCUUAUCGAAUGCAAGCAUGAAGCUGAGUCAAGCAAAGAGCACAAAUCUCAAGGCUGCAACUUCUUUUCCAGGGCAGAGAACAUGAUGUCUCUAUUGUUUGCUGGAGUUUUGCCUCUGAACCUCAAAUCGGCUUUUGAUGCAUC